AUGGAAGGAGAGGCAAAGAAUCUCAGUGAGGAGGUGUCUGGAUUAUCAGAGAGAAACAGGCGUUUGGUUGAUGAUUUGAGCGAGACUCUGCGGUGCCAAGAGGAAUUGAAAAAAUUAAACAAAGAUCUCCUGAUUAAGGCUGGUGAUGCAACUGGACGCCGCUUGAAAUUGAUCAAAGAAUUGGAGGAGGGAUCACAACAAUUUGAAUCGUUGAAUCUGCAAUACACCGAGAAGGAGGGCAUCCCUUCAUUUGUCCACUUUGUGUUGAAUUCAGGUGGCUUUGGUGAUGUCAAUGCUGCUCUUCAAACUGUAGCCAUUCAAUUGGGGUUGCAUCAUGCUUGUAUCGAGAUGAAAGCGAGAUACCCUUAG